CCUCCAUUUUCCAGAGCUUGAUGAGGAUCACGAGAUGGUUCCUACUGGGUUUCGAGAGUUGUCACAACCCCUGAAACUUCCAGGUUGCAUAAGCUUUCAAGGCACGGAUCUCCCAGACCCAUCUCAAGAAAGAUCGAGUGGAGGCUACAAAACAGUUCUUCAUGCAUGCAAAAAACUUCGCUUAUCAGAUGGUAUCUUAGUGAACAGCUUCGUAGAUCUGGAACGAGAGGUAGCAAUAGCUCUACAGGAAAGUGAUAACCAUCCUUUGGUUUAUCAUGUGGGGCCUAUUAUACCGAUAAGAUCGACAAGCAUAAAUGAGUCCAAUUCAGAGUGUUUAACAUGGUUGGGAAAUCAGCCACGAAACUCAGUUCUAUACGUCUCUUUUGGGAGCGGCGGAACAUUAUCACGAGCAGUUUAAUGAGCUAGCCUUUGGGUUAGAGAUGAGUGGCCACAAGUUCUUGUGGGUCUUGAGGGCUCCCAGUGGAGUAGCCAAUUCGGCUUAUUUGAGUGCACAAAAGGAGGACCCCUUCCACUUCUUGCCCAAAGGGUUUCUAGAGAGAACCAAAGGUCAAGGCUUUGUGGUCCCAUCAUGGGCCCCACAGACAGGUAGAAGUUCUGAAACAUGAAUCUACUAGCGGAUUCUUGACACACUGUGGUUGGAACUCAACGCUGGAGGCUAUCGUUUAUGGCAAGCCAAUGAUAGUGUGGCCAUUAUUUGCAGAGCAAAGGAUGAAUGCUGUGAUGCUAACUGAACAAUUUAAAGUUGCAGUGAGGCCGAAAGGUGAUGAGAAUAAGAAUGGGAUUGUAAUGAGAGAGGAAGUUGCUAGAGCUGUGAAAAUAUUAAUGGAAGGUGAUGAAGGCAAAGAACUUCAAAGAAAAAUUCAAGU